GAGUGGAUCAUCUCACGUAUCUCACACAGCUCUUAUACUUAAUCAUCUCGACUCCCAUAUCCCAAUUACGACCAUAAGCCUUCCGCCAUCCGCCUAACAGCAUAACCCACAACCAUCUCCUCUUUUCUCAACUCUACUCUAAAGAUGAUGCACUCCCUCACGGGAGUCGGCUUCCCAGACAACGGUCACCAAAUAUAUUCCACGGGACACCUUCUCGAUGAAUACUCAAAGCAAAUAGCACUAUCAGAUUCGGCACGUCGGAUGUCCCACUACCGACCUGCCAACGCCAUGCGUGUUGUGAAGCCUAGCAGCGCCAACAACAGUCCACAGGCCGUGGCGAUGAGGAAAACGACAGUGAACGAUAACAGCCUCGCAAGAAGGCGGCAGCAAGUUUUGGAUCACGCACUUUUUCAACACAUGCAAGAGACAACAUCAUACGCAGAUUUCCAAGAUCCAGUCACACGAUCAAGUCGGCCAGUGAGCUGGCAUCCCAGUUCCCAGUUCCAACAACCACAAAUAUCUAUGCCGCAACAGCUCCCUCACCUCGAUUUGUCGCAAUACAUCCCCCCCACACCUGCGUUCUACCCUGAGGCGGAUAUGUAUUCGACAUAUCAACAAUUCCCUCCUACACCCGCUGCAUUUUCAGGAUAUACGUCGCCACUGGCCAGCUAUUCACCUUUGUCUCUACCCUAUGCGGCGUCGUCACACCAGCAACUGCCACCACAAUACGUAACGGUUGAUGCUUGGUGUGCCCAACCCCAGUAUACUCCCACGCCAUAUUCAACCCAGGGGAGCCCGAUUGGCACUGAGCCUUUCCCGUCCUACACAGGACAACCGGGCUUUGAUUGGGACUCGUUUUCAUCUCAUGGGUUCGACCACGGUUCAUGCACUGCCCCAUCAACACCAGAUAACUACCAAUCAAUUCCUCAGUCGGAACCCACGGUGCCCUCAGAAGAGUCCAUAACAUAUCAGCCACUGGAAGAGCCAGAGGAGGAAGGGGAAAUACUGUUCGGAAUGGGUCUCUAUGAUACCCCCGACAAGACGGAAACGGAUCCAGAAUUGGACCAUUAUCGAACUACAACAUCACACCUGUUAGGGUCGACGUACAGGAGAGGAGCUGGCCUGAAGCUCGAGGAGGCUUGGGAACCUUCGAAGGAAAAGGCGGAGUCCGACGAUGGUGAAGAGGGCGAUGCCGACGGCGAGGAGCAGAAGGAGGACGCGACAGAGCAGUAGGCUUCGAACGCCCAGCAGAGCUGGAUAUGAUUAUACCCCGGGUUACAAAGGUCCAACGCACAUCUACCCAAUUCCUGGAUCGCAAGAUGAUGAUGGAAUGACG